AGGGUCACUAAACAGAAAUAACAAAAUAAAGAAAUGGAAGAGAUGGGUGAAGAGAGGAAAUGGGUGAUAAGAAAGAGUGAAUUUGUAGGAGAGAUGAAGAAGGAGGGUUUGAUAGCUGCUCCAAUGGUGGCAGUUGGGGUUUUACAGUACUUGUUACAAGUGGUUUCAGUGAUAAUGGUUGGUCAUCUUCAUGACCUCUCCCUUUCUAGUGUUGCCAUUGCCACCUCUCUCACCAACGUCACUGGUUUUAGUCUUCUUUCAGGAAUGGCUGGUGGAUUGGAAACUCUAUGUGGGCAAGCUUUUGGAGCAGAGCAAUAUCAAAAACUUGGAACAUAUACUUACACUGCAAUAAUCUCUCUCAUUUUGAUUUGUCCCCCACUAUGUGUCCUCUGGAUUUUCAUGGACAAAUUCUUGAUCCUAGUAGGCCAAGACCCUCUAAUCUCAUCCCAAGCCAAAAGCUACUCAAUGUGGCUAAUUCCUGCUCUCUUUGCUUCUGCAAUCCUUAAACCAUUAACUCGCUAUUGCCAGACACAGAGUUCAAUAAUUCCAAUGCUCUUAACCUCCUUCACCAUCUUACUUUUCCACAUACCCACAUGCUGGACUCUAAUAUAUAGACUGGAAUUAGGGAAUCAUGGAGCGGCUAUAGCAUUUAGUUUAUCAACUUGGUUGAAUGUGAUUUUGCUGGGAUUCUAUGUGAGUUUCUCUAAAGCUUUUGAGAAAACCAGGAUUGCAUUUUCUAAAGAUGUUUUUCUUGGUAUUGGGGAGUUCUUUCGUUUUGGUGUCCCAUCUGCUGUGAUGGUUUGUCUUAAAUGGUGGUCAUGUGAGCUGCUUACUCUGCUUUCUGGUCUUUUGCCCAACCCAAAGCUGGAGACUUCUGUGCUUUCAAUAUGCCUUACAAUAUCCACUUUGCACUUUACCGUACCAUAUGGAUUUGGAGCUGCUGCAAGCACUCGGGUUUCGAACGAACUAGGAGCUGGUAAUCCACGGGCAGCUCGGAUGGCUGUUUUGGUAGCCAUGUGUCUUGCAAUUACAGAGGCAGUAAUUGUGAGCACCACCCUAUUCUGCUGCCGCUAUAUUUUAGGAUAUGCUUACAGCAAUGACAAGCAGGUGGUGGAGUAUAUUGCAGCCAUGGCUCCUCUGCUUUGUCUCUCUGUUUUUUUGGACAGCUUACAAGCAGUUCUUUCAGGAGUUGCUAGAGGAAGUGGGUGGCAGCACAUAGGGGCGUAUAUAAAUCUUGGGGCAUUUUAUAUGGUUGGACUUCCAGUUGGUGCUGUACUAGGUUUUAUUGUGCAUUUAAGGGGAAAAGGACUUUGGAUUGGAAUAGUGAUUGGUUCUGCUGUUCAGUCAAUUCUUCUUUCUAUUGUCACUGCUUUCACCAGUUGGCACAAGCAGGCAGUUAAGGCAAAGGAAAGGAUAUUUCUGAAGAGAUCCUCAGAAGACAUUGAAACAAAUUGAAUGGUUAAAUUAAAGGCCACAACUCUUGUAAAGUAGUACGAUGGCAUAUCAAUCUUGAAUCUUAUUCAGUAGAGUAGAAUCCUCAGCUAGUACAGAGUAUUUGAAGAUGGGAAGGACUAUGCUUUUUAUGUUACACAGUCCUUACGACAGAUUUGUAUUCACGUUUCUAAUUAAUAUGUAUAUAUAUUAGUCAGUCUUUCUUUAAGGAUAAAAAUUUAAGGAUGUCUUUGUUAGAGACAAUGAUGCAGUUUAAUAAGUUUUGUCACUCUAUUUAUACUUUGGAUACAUGUUGUAUUAUCUGGUUGUUAGCGACAGUCUUUCUAUCUUU